AUGAAAAUUGUGACAGAAGCUGCUUUUACGUUAAUAAUUUUUGCACGAUUGGAAAAAGUGCUUCCAUUAAAAAUAGUCAAUCUAAUGCAGUUGCAACAAUUUCACGCUUCGAGAAUUAUUGGCAUUAGUAGAGCGCGAGAAAAGGAUGAAGCAAAGCAUAUCAAUGGAAUUACCGUUCAUCAUCUAAAGCGCAUUUUUUCGAUUAGCAACAAUGUUCGAGAAAAAUUUUGUGUUGGUGUGGCCUCCGCCUACUCUGCUCCUGUCAUUGUUGCCUGCGCGAUUAUUCUGCCUUCACUGUAUAACACCAAUAACGAAAUCCACGAUUUGCGUUUCGUACCUGUAGAGACCGAUUACGCAAGGGCUCAGAUGGACUUUCAGUUGCUUAGAUUCUCGAGGCUUCCUAGUAGGAAACUCUUCAACUCAAAUUUUCAUCAUAAGAGACAACCAGGUCUUCCAUCAUACUGCCAGUGCCCUCCAUGA